AUGUCUAAAAGGGAAUGUCUAGAAAGUAUAUAUAUGUUUAACAAGAACCCUCCUGGCCAGACCUUUGCUUCUGCAUUUCUGCCAAUCCCUCUGCCAACAAUGACCUGGUCGCCGCCUAAAGAUUACACGUCCCGACCCAUCACCGUCCUGGGCGGCGGUGUCUUGGGGCGUAGAAUCGCUGCUUGUUUUGCAAGUGUCGGAUGGCACGUUAUUAUCCGCGAUCCAUCUGAAAAGUCGAGGUCAGAUGCAAUUGCCUACAUCGACGCAAACAUCACAGACUAUCUCACCAUAUCCCAUGGCGAAAAAGGAUCAUGGGAGGCUACCGAUGACUUUGGUGCCGCUGUCAAGGACGCCUGGCUUGUCUUUGAGGCUGUGCCGGAAAUAUUGAGUCUCAAGGAGGAUACCUUCCUUGCCCUUGAGCAGCAAUCGCCCGCUGAUUGUAUCCUGGCCUCUAACAGCUCAUCCUUUAUGUCAAGAGAGCUUUUGGGAACAGUCAAUGAAUCUACCAAGGCUCGCGUUCUCAACACACAUUUCAUGAUGCCUCCCCAGGCCCUUAUCGUGGAUUUUAUGACUUCCGGAAGCACCGCUAGCAAGAUCUUCCCUUUCCUCUCGAAAGAAAUGAUAAAAUGCGGGCUCAAGCCUGUUACCGCCAAGAAGGAGUCAUCGGGCCUCAUUUUCAACCGCAUUUGGGCAUCUAUCAAGCGCGAAGUGCUGAUGGUCAUCGCCGAAGGCGUUGCUGACCCUCAGACUAUUGACCAAGUCUGGAUGGAUAUGUACCAGUCACCAACUGGCCCCUGCACCAUGAUGGGUGUUGGUCUCGAUACCGUCGAGCACAUCGAGGAGAACUAUGUUGAGAAGCGAGGCUUACCUGACACCACCUUGAAGUGGCUGCACGAGAAUUACGUCGCCAAGGGAAAACUUGGAAAUAAAUCCGAUCAAGGUGGACUAUAUCCUGUGCCCGCAGCAGGAGAAAAGACCAAGCUCCUGGUCCUCAACUUCUACCAAGGUGCAAGCCCUGGGGAGCUGACGGCCGAGACUUACCUUUCUAGUGGCCAGAUCCUGGAGUUCUCGGUUGAGAAUAAGAACGCUCGUCCGAACGCGCUGGUCUCUGGACAAACUAUCCCAGAUGGCAUCGAUGUGUGCGGUGAUAGAAUGUACUGGACUUGCAUGGGCUACCCUCCUAACAAUGAUGGAGCUGUGUAUAGCGCUAAGUUGGACGGCAGCGAUAUCCGUACCGUUGUCCCUCGCGGUCGCGUCCAUACUCCUAAGCAGCUUCACAUCAGCCAGGGAAGCAAGAAGAUCUACUUCUGUGACCGCGAAGGGCUGCGCAUUCAUCGAUGCAACCUUGACGGAUCAGAGCAUGAGAUUCUUGCCGCAGACCAGACCAACUGGCCUGUCGGCAUCACCGUGUCCGAAAACCUGGGUAAGGUGUUCUGGACUCAGAAAGGUCCGUCCAAGGGCAACGAUGGGAGGAUCUUCUCUACUAGUACCGAUAUACCUGAAGGCAGUGACGCGUCGUCGCGCAGGGACAUUGAGCUGAUUGCCAAAGGCUUACCGGAACCAAUUGACCUUGAGUUCGACGAGGAUAAUGGGGUGCUCUACUGGACUGACCGAGGCGAGAUGCCGCUGGGUAACACGCUGAACAAGAAAACAAUAGUUGGACAGCCACCGGCCGCUGAGAGCAAGUUCGGAAGACAGAUUAUUGCUCAAGGGUUCGGGGAGGCGAUUGGCCUGCUGUGGCAGUGCGAGACUGUUCCUGGACCUAAGAAGAAGAUUUACGAGUCCGCUGGGCAUUCGUAUACUGGCCUUGCUCUAGUUCGUGACUGA